GAGAUCCGAGAGGCCUUUCGGGUUCUGGACCGAGAUGGGAAUGGCUUCAUCUCCAAGCAGGAGCUAGGAAUGGCCAUGCGUUCUUUGGGGUACAUGCCGAGUGAGGUGGAGCUGGCCAUCAUCAUGCAGCGCCUGGACAUGGACGGGGACGGCCAGGUGGACUUUGAUGAAUUCAUGACAAUUCUUGGCCCCAAACUGGUGUCUUCAGAAGGUCGCGAUGGUUUUCUUGGAAACACAAUAGAUAGCAUAUUCUGGCAGUUUGACAUGCAGAGGAUAACUCUGGAGGAGUUGAAGCAUAUCCUCUACCACGCCUUCCGGGACCAUUUAACGAUGAAGGACAUUGAGAACAUCAUCAUCAAUGAGGAGGAGAGCCUGCAGGAGACGUCGGAGAACUGCCAAACAGAGUUUGAAGGAGUGCAUUCCCAGAAGCAGAACAGACAGACCUGCGUCCGCAAGAGCCUCAUAUGCGCCUUCGCCAUGGCCUUCAUCAUAAGCGUCAUGCUGAUCGCGGCCAACCAGAUCCUCCGGAGCGGCAUGGAGUAGCCCCUCCCCGCGCCGCUGCGCCCCCGGCUCACCGUGCAUGUGCAUGCCCUGCGGGCCGACGCUGUUCCUCCGAAAGCCGACACGGACAAUGCAGACAGGGCACAGUGGAGUGAAGAACCCAAGGCUGCGGUGCAACGGGUGUUGCCAAUCCACUUCAUCUCCUUGGCAGGGACACAAAAGGGCUGUCUUAAAUGCUUUAAUGGUUUUGUUUCCUAAUGCAAUAAAAUAGCCAGGAGUUCCCAAUGACUGCGUCAGUCACCCCCAGGAACUCGGAAGAGAGACUUCAUUCUCAUCUCGGACUUCUCCAGUGGCCAUCCAGGCUGGUGGUGUAAGAGAGCAAGAGGGAGGCGUGGACGUGCAGUCAUUUCCAUGCCCCGUUGUCUCAACCCCCCCCCCGGGGUCAGCUGAAGACUCCCGGCUGAGGGAACCCUCAGUCCCCAGAGGCUGACUUCCGGCUUGCUCCCGAAGAGGGGGCCUUCCAUCCCACCCUGGCUUCCUUCCUCCACCCAGUGGAGCCCUUCCCCCCCCCAAGGCGUGAGGGGAAAGCAAUCGAAUGGGGUGCAGUGCCUGGCGGUGUGCAGGUGGCACCCCUCGCUUCCAUUCUUACUGCCUUUUCUACAGGACUCUUGUUGGCAGAGUUGGGGAGCUCUCAGUUUCCGUCGGCACUUGGCUUUCUGUUCCUAGAGCCCAUCGCGCACCAGCAUUUUGGAAUCUGCAGAGAGCCUUUCUCCCAGCUUUGCCCCCUGCGCUGCCAUU